AAUAUCCGCGAGUACCGAUAAGAAAAAAAAUGAUAAUUAAAGUAAAGUUAGAAAAGAAGACGAAUGAUAAGUGAUAAAAUAAUAAGUUUAUUGUAUUUUUUAAACGUCAACUGACAGUUGGCUUUACUACUCCAGAUCAUUAUUAUUCGUACGUGAAUGUUACAUCAAAGUUUGUAUCGAGAGGAGAGCGAGAGAGUGAGAGAUUAUUAUUAUGACAACAGGGUUGCGGGCAGUUCAGACAUGGGAAGUGAGCAUUACUGCCUGAGGUGGAACAAUCAUCAGAGCAACUUGCUGGGUGUGUUCAGUCAACUACUGGAGUCCGAAUCGUUGGUGGACGUGACGCUGGCGUGCACGGAGGGACCGUCAAUACGUGCGCACAAGGUUGUCCUCUCCGCGUGCUCCAGCUAUUUUCAAGCCUUGUUUCUUGACCACCCGAAUCGCCACCCCAUCGUCAUUCUCAAGGACGUCCGUUUCUCCGAACUGCGUACCCUCGUUGACUUCAUGUACAAGGGUGAAGUCAACGUCGAGUAUUGUCAGCUCUCGGCCCUUCUCAAAACCGCUGAGAGCCUCAAAGUCAAGGGACUCGCAGACAUGACCAAUAUCAACGCUGCAGUUGCGUCUAGAGAUGAUCAACAACAGCAGCAACAGCAGCAGCAGCAUCUAAGUCCGGACAGUCUCAGAGAAAUGAGGGGAGAGACGCGAGAAAGAGACAAGGACAGAGACAAGGACCGCGACAAAGAGACCCCCAAAGAAUCUGACCAGCAACAGCCGCAGACGAGGGAUCAGAGAGACCGAGACCGAGACCGAGAUCGAGAAAGAGAGCGAGAACGAGAACGAGAGCGGGAACGUGAGCGCGAACGGGAACGGGAGCAACAACAACCUGUUUCUCAAGUAACCAAUAAUAGUGAUAGUACGGAAGCCGUUGACAUGACUGAGUGUCCGGCCUCUCCGGUCAGAGCGAGCAGUCCCUGUCCAGGUCCUCUUGCGCUGGACCGACCGCGGAGGGACUCCGAAGACGCUGUUAGUUUAGAAGAAACGAGAGGAUCUCUUAGUCCUAUUUCCGUGCACAGUGGACCCAGCGAUAUGAGUAUAAGUAAUAAUAAUAAUUCUGGCACGCCCAGUGGUUUGCCAUUAAAUCUACCACAGAGUCGACUUCCGUCCCCACACAGUACAGAACCUCUUGCAGGACCGUCGGGAUUACCUCCGGUUCAACAAGUACCACUUUCCUUGAAAAAAGAGGUGGACUGGGAAAGGUCGACUGAAGAGCGUUGUGCAAGCAGCGAAAUGUCUGCAGAUUAUAGACUCCCACCAGAUCCGGUGAGUCUUUAUUCGAUGUCAUUGGCCCUAGGUCUGGAAGCAGGUGGCUGGGGCGCACUAGUGGAACGUAGUUCCAGUGGCAGCUUGAGCCCACUUUUACCCCAUGGUUCGGGUGGAUUUGCCGCUGGACUAGCGUCUUUAGCACGUCGAUGCGGUGUCUGCUUAGCGACCUUUCCAUCAGCCUGGCUGCUCGAGCGUCACGCAUUGCUUCAGCACGCCGGCCAGCCAAAUGACGACAAGCCCUUCACCUGUGAGCAGUGUGGGCAACGCUAUCGCUACCGUUCGGCCUACGUAAAACAUCGGGAGCAAAACCACCGAGCACGUUUGCCCGCCGACAAACUCUUCACAUGUGACGUUUGCGGGAUGCAAUUCAGGUAUCUCAAGUCUUUUAAGAAACACAGGUUGAACCAUGCGUUGGAGCGACUUCAGCGUAUCCCGGAGCAUCAUCGAGGCAGUAUUUCUUCAAUAACAUCAACCGCCGCAGCUGAAAGAAGUGACCAGGUAUCGAGUACUGGUGAACCAGUUCAGCCCGAAACGGGAAGUGAUGUCGCGAGUUCUAUGGACGACCGUGACGAACCGCGCGAUAGUUUGGAUAAUAAUCGAGAUGGUGUUAAUACUAAAGAAGAAGCUACAUCCGAAACUGCUAGUGUUCAGGGGCAAGAUGGUACUGAAACACCAUCGCUGGCCAGCGGUACCCGCGGAAGAGGAGUCGAAGUCGAUGCACCGGAUGAAGGUAAUGUUCAUCAAACGACACAGGAUGAUGAUCGUCAUGAGUCUACUACUGAGCGAGUUAUUGCGGAAAUAGUACGAAAUCAUGAUUCAGAUAGACGUGAAAGACGUUUCGCUUGUCCAUUCUGCGGUAAGUGUGUACGGUCUAAAGAAAAUCUAAAGCUACAUGUCCGUAAACACACGGGUGAACGACCGUUCGUUUGUCUGUUUUGUGGCAGGGCUUUUGGGGGUAAAAGCGAUCUUACGCGACAUCUGCGUAUACAUACGGGUGAACGACCUUAUCAUUGCGAAAUGUGCGGCAAAUGUUUUGCACGGGCUGAUUAUCUAUCCAAGCAUCUUACUACGCACAUUCAUCAACGCUAAUUUUUUAUUUUUUUUAUUUUGUUAGAAUUCGGUAGAAAGAGUUUUUCGGUGGGAAAGGCAGAUGAUCUUCCUUACAAGCUAAUAUACAUAUAUAUUUAUACAUAUAUUUGUUUAAUAUUUUUUUAGUUUCAAAUUAUCACCAUUAUUUUAAGAUAAAUUUUAUUUUUUUCUACAAUAUUAUUUUUAAUUCGCGGUGUUGGAAAAAAUUUAAUUAUUUUAUUUGAAAAUUUAAAUCUAUAAAAACGCAAUACCAUUUUAAAUAAAGUGAAGAUGAAACAUUUUAUUUGUUAAACAAAAAAUAGUCGGUCAUUUUUUUCAACACUGGGAAUUAAAAAAGUCAAUGGUGCUAUUUUAUUAAAAAAAAUAAUUUUUAAAAAAAUUUUUAAGUAAAGCAGAGACUAAAGUUUUUUUUUAAAAUAAAAUGCCAUCCUUUAAAAAAUCCAGCCAGUGACCCACUACGAUGUGUCAAUUACCAAAGAAAACGGGCUAUUAGCAAAUAUUCCUUCGAAAAAAAUAAAGAUCGCUAGUAAAUUCCAUAAGGACACUAAAAUAAAUAAAUAAAUUACUUAAUAAGAUUGAUGAUUGAUAAGUAUGUAAUAAAGAAAGAAAAAAGUAAAAAUAGACGCGUAUGUAUAAUAUAUUAGACCGAUAAAAAAGAAUUUGUUAUGACUAGUGAGACAUAAUUUGUGAUAAGGACUGAAUUACCAAAGAAUGCGCGGGAAAGUUAAGAAUUUUCAACCAUGCUAACAAAAUAAUUAAAUAAUUAACCUAUCUCUCGUUUUUUCGUUCCAGGGCGAAUUUUAUUCGUCAUUUACGAGUGAUAUAUAUGUUAUAUAUAACAUGUAUGAAUAUGUAAUUAAUAAUUAAUGAUUAAUAAUUAAUAAUUGAUAAUGAGUUUAACUGAAUGACAGGAAGAAAAAAAAAUACUUGAAAAUGUGUAUCAUAACACACAAUAAUAAUAGUAAUUAUCAUUAUUGUUAUUAUUAUAAUGAUAGUAAUGUUAGUUAUGUAACAAAUAAGUGAUGCGAAAUGCCAAUAAUCGUGAGCGAUAAUUUUCUCACACAAGUUCCAUAAAUAACGAGGUCGUUUAAACGCGAUGCUAUGCGUUUUAAAAAUGUAUGCGGCUCUAAAAGAAAUGAAAAAAAAUAAAAACAUAAAAUAAAAAAGUCGUGGACAACAGAUGCGACGACGUGUGCAUGAAACGGACGGACGCUCGGGUUUAAUAGAUUUAAAUAAAUAAAAUAAACGAGUUAAUAUUUAAAUAAACAUACAGCCAAAUAAAAAUAAACUUUUAAAUGAUAUAAUUUAACGAAGUAAUAAUUAAUUGAUCCGACGCGUCCUUCCACAGACAGCGUGCCGGUGCCUUUGAAUUCAAAAAUUCUUUUACGUGGAUAGCAAUAAUUAUUUUACUUCUCAUCUUUGACAACUUGGUAACAAAGACAUUAAGUAAAAUAUACGUUAAUGUCAUUCAAUAAAACCAACGAGAAUAUGAAAAUGGAGUACGCAGAUGAGAAUGAAAAACAAUUAGUAAGAACAUUUGCUGAGUAAUUAAAAAAAAAAAAGAAGCCACGUUAAAAGAAUGAAAUAAAAGAUUUGAAGUUUUAAAUUGAGACGAAUAGAUAAAAAUAACAAAUGGUGAUUUUAAAAUUUUGUGUAUAUAGUAAAUGUAAUUUGUGUAUGUACAAGCUCAUUUAAACGGCUUUAAUUUGUCCAUUAACUCUGUCCAUACAUUGUAAUUAUAAAUUCACCGGAAGUAAUUAGUAAUAGAUAUGAGGCAAUCGAUUCAUCUUUAUUAUGUUAAUAUCUUAUAUUGCAUUAUAUUUAUUAUAUAUUUAUAUAAAUAUUAUAUAUUAUUGUGUUUUUAAUUGAAAACUAAAGGGCAAUUAUUUGAUUAUGUAAUUUAAAUAUUUUAGUCGAUUACGCACAAAUGUUUAUUCACAAAAAAAAUAAAUAAUAAGAAAAAUAAUAAUAAAUAAUUAAAAACGAGAGGAAAUAGUCGAAGUAUUUUAAAAUAUAUAAAUUAUUGUCAUAUUUAAUCCAUUAAUAUAUACAAUCAUUUAAGUAAUCAGACGAAAGUAAUGUACAAUCAUAUAAAAAAAAUAAAAUAAAGAGAAAUAAAAUUUAUUUAGUCCACAUGUAUAAUAACCUCAGCUAUGUCCAUCUCGUUUUGUUCAAGUGCCAAAGUGUUAUGAAUUAAGCAUUAUUAAUUAAAAAAUAAUAUUUAUAGCAAAAUAAAUGAAAAUGAACAAACAUAUAAUAGAAAAAAAAAAAUAUAAUGUUAUUAUUUGAAAAUGUGUCAAAGCAACAAAAUAAAUAAUUAAAAUCACGGAUUAUUUCUGUGUAAAAUUGUGGAGUAUAAUUAUUAAGGCCUAGAAUUAUUAUUAUUAUGUAUGAUGAAUUAUUUGCCUCAUAUCUUUAAAUUAAUUAUAUUUAAAUAACCGGUGAACAAAGUUGAUUGAAGGUGCUAAUUACCUAUUCAGGCCUGAUCGUAAUCAAGCUGAGUCUCAUGCCAACGAAAAGUAACAAACGUUAUAAUGAUCUCGGUCAUGCCAGAACGAUUAAAAAAGUAAUUAUUAAAUUAUUAAUUAGUAAUAUAAAUAAAUACCCACACGUAUAUAUCUAUAUAGGUAUAUAAUUAUGUUUACCCGGGUCAAAAUAUCUAGCCUCAAUCCAGCCUCACUGAGUAAAGAAAGCAUUUUGAGCCUCAAAUGAUUCUCAAAGAUCCUCAAGAAGCCUCGAUGAGCCUCAAAUGAACCUACUACUCGAUCAUGUAAUUUAAAUUCGAUUAGCAUUAAUUGAGGCUCUAUGAUCACCGUUUUAGGCUCAUUGAAACACUUUGAGCAUUAAUUGAGGCUCAUUGAUGUUUUUUGAACAUCAUUUAAGGCUCAAAAUGCUUUUUUUACUCAGUGAGACUGGAUUGAGUUUCGAUGAGGCGAGAUUGAGGGCAGAUAUUUUGACCCAAGUAUACAUCUACACUGAGAGAAAAAUUUACUCAUUUGAUUCAUUGAUUUAUUAAUGUUUGAUAAAUCAUCUGUGUUAAAUAUUCGACUAUAUUAAUUAAAUACCAGUUUACAUAUAUUAAAUAUUGAUCUUUUACAUCGACUAAACAGUAAGUUGAUAUUAACAUUCGAUAAGCCGAUGAUCACUACUUAGAAUAAGUUUAUUAAUAAUUGAUGAACUCGUAUUAACUAUUGAUACGUGAGAUUUAGGAAGUAUUCAUUAGUGUGGUGGCAUUGUAUCCUCUGGCCUAUAACAUACUGCCUGAGAGACGUGCUACGGUUAAUAAAUUGUUUGCUUACUUGUUCAAAUAAUUUAAAAUAAAAAAAUGAAGUGUUAUGGAAUAACUAUUAAAGAAGUGGGAUUUUUACUAAAAUUAUUUCCAAAUUUGAUAUUUGUGUCCAUAUUUAAUAGUAUGUUAUUAGAUAUGCCUUUUUUUUAUGUAAUGUUGUUCAGAUUAGUUUUGUACCUUCACAAACAUUUGUUUUAUAAAUAAAUAAUUUUACUCUACGUAAGAUUCUUUAGCGCGCUCAGCCGCGGUGGCUUAUAUUUAAUAGUAUUUGAUAAACCGUUGGUUAAUAGAGUUGAUAAACUGUUUAUUAAUAAUUCAUAAACACGUUUACUAAUAUUUAAUAAACCGUUUGCUAAUAUUUGAUAAUGGUUUACUUGGGAACAAUCUAAGUAAGCCGUUGAUCAAAUAUUAAUAAAUAAUAUUUCACAGGAAAUUUUUGGACACCAAAUUUUUUAUGUAAUGAUUAUUUUAUUAUUUUUGUACAACGUUUCAUUCCUUUCGAAACUUUGUCAAGAAUUCAAUAAGCUAAUCAUUAAAUUUUGACAUUUAAUGAUUAGCUCAUUGAGUAGAUGAUAAAAUUCCGAAAGAGACUAAACGUCUUACAAAAAUAAUAAAAUAAUUAUUAUGUAACAAAUUUGGUGUCCGAAAAUUUCCUAUGAAAUAUUAUUAGCUAACGAAGAUGGACAUGAACCGAUGAAAUUUUAUAAAUAUCUGAUAAAUUCUUCUCUCAGUGUAUGUGUGUGUAUUUAAAGUGAAUACAAAAAAUAAUAAAACCAAAGAAAUCGUGCUAGAACCGAGAAAACGUAUGUUCUGUUUCCCUCCAAAUUCGAGACCGGCUGGCUGCGUUCUAAUUGGCCAAAUAUUUAAUAUGUAAUUCGUAAUUUAUUAUAAUUAAGGUUAAUAUUUAUUGAAUAUUACUCGUAUUAAUUAUAUAUUAAACUCUCGUUGACGAUGGGUUAUGCAUGAAAUUUUAAAUAUUUAUGCAUGAGUGAAAUAAUCAAUACAACGUUUUCUGUUUCCAACGAUUCAUUACUCUCAUUAUAUAAAAAAAAAUCCAUAGCGCCUGGAAUUUAAUUAAUUCACAUUGUUUUAUGGAUAAUUAAAUUCAUCUGAAAAUAUAUCAAUUGAAGUUAUUUGAAAUCUGUUCAUGCUUUGCGUUAAUUAAAUUAACAAAAAACUUUACCAAAGCUUAUAACAAAAAAUCUAUGCUAAAAGUGAAUAGAAUCGUGUCAUUAAUAAUUUAAAAGUUAUUAAAUAUUUAAAUGCAUACAUUUUAAAAAUUAUAUGACACUCGAAUUUCAUUGAUUCAAGUUCAAAUUAUAAAAUAUUCAAUUAAAAUUUUACCACUUUGGCAGUAACUGAUUGAAAGCAUUGAAUUAAUGAUUAAUUUUUUAAAUUAUAAUUAUAGAUAGAUGAAUAUUACGAGCUUAUACACUACUGUGUUACGGCAGUAAAAUAUAAGCUAAUUUCCAAACCACAAUGAAUAAAUAGAUUAAACAAAUAAUUGAAUCUCGAACAAAACCAACGAAAUUCCGUACAACGACAUACAUUUUUGAAUUAUCAUAUAUUCAAAGUUAUAUUUAAUUACAUUAAUAAAACAACGAUUAUGACAGCAAACAGCAGUUAUGAGUGCGCAAUAAAAUUAAUAACACAAUUAAUAAUAAUUAUUUAAAAAUAUAUAAAUAUAUAAAAACAGAUCGUAAAUAAUCCAGGCGCUACGGACUGAAAAUAAUUCAAAACCACGGCUAUUAUUUACAGCAACCCAACACCAAUUAACACUCAUAUAUAUAUAUGUUCCUAUAUUUAUACUGUUUAAAUAUAUAUUACGUAUUGUGUGAAUAUUAAAUAAUUUCAAAUUUUUACCCAAAAAAAAGAAAAAAGAAAAAAAAAAAGUUGUCGUAUAUCUAGAGUUAGUAAAUUGUCGAGUUACAUUUUAGAAAAGUGAGGAAAAGUCACUCGUGAGUCAGAAAAAAAAUUAAUAAGGCUCAUAGACAUCGACGCGAAUGGAAGAUGUAGUAAUAAAAAAAAAAAAAAAAAUUAAAAAAAAGAAUAGAAGGAAGAAACGAUUUAGAAGAAUGAUUUAUAAUAUGUAAGCAGGUCGCGCGUGGCGGAGGCAAGGGUCUUCCUAUAUUGACUGAACGAUCAGAUGUGAUAUACGUGUAAGAAAUAUUAUUAACUAAUUAUUUAAUAUAAUAAUCGUGUAUAUUUAACUUAAUCAAUAAUUUUAUUAAUAUUAUAUUAUAAUUAAUGAGUUAUACAAACAUUAUAUCUAUACAUUUGUGUAAUAAUUAUUGAGGAAAAAAACUAGAUAGGCCAAUAUACAACGUUUUUAAAUCGUUUAUCGAUCUUCCGAGGAUAUAGCUAAUUAAAAAAAAAGUUAUUAGAUAGAAAGAUUUGAAGGACUCAUGAUUGAAUGCUCUCGACUGAAAGGGACCGUGCGAAUUUUAUAAUCAUAAAUAUUUAAAGAAAAAUUAUCAGAUAUAAUUAGUAAAUUUGGAGUGAUGUAAUUUUGAGUUCUAACGGAGUGAUUUUUUUGAAAUUUUUUAAGAAGUCGGUUAUCAAGUUUUAUGAAAUUUUUGUCAUGCUCUUUUUCAUUUUUUAAAAUAAAGAAAAUAAAAUGAUACUUUGAUUUUUUUCAUGGGCAUUAUGGUAUAAAAUCGUAGUAUAAUGUAAUUUUACCACAAAUAUUUCAUUUUUGAAUUUUUUAUUGUGAUAAUAUUGAUUAAUUCUGUUAAAAUUAAUUAAAUUUUCAUCAGUGUCAAUUUUUAUAUUUUUACUAGCUCAUUAUUAUUUAUCAGUUAGAAAAUUUGAAAUUUAAAUUCAAAAAAUUAAUCGGUUAAAUUCUUAAGUUUUUUAAUUCAGUAAAAAAAUGGUGGUAAUUUUUCAAAGUAUCUUUUGCCGUAUUCUUGGCUAAAAAAUUCAAGUCAUCAACUCGUUACUGAUACUUUUGAAUUAAAAGUUAUUCUCAGCAAUCUAAUAAUAUAUUUUUUUCAACAACAUUAAUACAACAGCUAACAUAUAUCCAAUAUUCAAUACUUAUAAUUAUAUCUGAUUUUUUUUUCAUGGGAUUUCAUGACUAUAUUUUAAAUACAUGAUCGGUUUUUAAAAACUGCUGAUUAACAAUAAUAACUAAUAAACCAUAUGUGAAAAAUACGUACAAAAAAUAUUACCUCUAUAAACAAAAAAAUAAAAAAAAUAUAAAUAUAUUAUUAAAUAAUUAUUUAUUAUGCUAUAGUUUACUCUCAAGCGCUUCCUUUAUUUAAAUUAUCAUUAUUUAUGUUAUUAUUAUUGUUAUACUGUAAAAAAUUAACGGAGUGAAUGCGGAGUAAACCCGGAACGGAUGACUUUAUUUAUUUAAUUCCCUCGGAGAGGAAUUUUACUCCGAAGGGGAGUUUAAUUUAAUAAUGAAACUCCGCUUUGAAGUAGAAUUGACUCCUAAAAGAUGUUUAUUUUAAUAUCAAAACUUCGGAGUGACUCGGAGUGAAUGCAGAUUGGAAUCAAAUUCAGAUCAGUCCGAAAUCACUCAGCUGAAAAAACAAACUCUCUAUUUACUCCGUAUGCAAGAGGGGGAGGAAGAGGGGGGGGGGGUAAACUCUGAAACUCCGAAUAAAGGAGUGAAUUCAAACUGAAAUAAAAUCCUUAAUCACUCCGAAUUUUUUACAGUGUAUUCUUAUAUGAAAUAUAAAGGAUGAUUAAUUAAUAGAGAAAGAUUUAGUGUCAAAUAUAUGAGGUGCCAAUUAUUGUAUUAUUUAAAAAUAAUUAAUUAAACUCGCUAUGUCCCUGGCAAAAAAAUAAAAAGUUAAAUACACCAGCAAUAUUUAACGUCAUUAAUAGUAAUGAAAAUCCAACUAAUGGCAGAAGUAGUACGAGAUUAGUUUUGUGCAAUAACAGUUUGCUCAAUCCUCGGUCUCCAUCAACCAGUAGUCAGCUCGGUGCGAUGAGAGCGACUUUUAGAUAAUAUUUAAAAUAGUUAAUUAAAUUUUUAGAUUAAAAACCACUACAGCCCAUAUUAAUAAAUUAGUACUUAUGUAGUCGUAGUUGUCUUAAAAAAAAAUAAAUAAACUAUUCCCAAACUAAUGUAGAUCCAAUAUAAAAUUGACCUUUUUUCAAUUAUUCUCGCGUCUCGGUGUCCUUGAUGUUUAAUCCUAAUUCUUAAUAGUAUAGUAUAUAGAUAAAUUAAAUUGAAAGAAAUUUGUAGUCGAAUUUGUCUCUAGAACUAAUGUAUUUAAUAAAUUUUUAUAUUUAAUAUAAUUGCAAAUAAAUAACAGAUUUUUUAUUAUAAAAAUAAACAUUUCAUUGAAUUUAAUGUAAAUACAUUUUUUUAUGCCAAUCAACUCCUUUUUUAAUGAUAAUUUAUUAUAAAUUAGUUAAUAAAUUUAUUUAUUUAUUAAGAUUACGAGGAAUAAAAAUAAAUUUUGCAAUUAUAUUAAAAUAUAAAAAUUAUUUAUGACGUGCUAUCAUCGUUUUCAUCGUACCUCUGUAAGAGAUAUAUAUAUAAAUAUAAAUAUAUAAUUAUUAUUCAUAUAUGGCACAAUUAAUAAGUAAUAAAUAAUGUAACAUUAAUAUAAAAUGCAUUGACAAGAUGUCAAAUGCGACAAAAAAAAAAUUAAAAAAUGUAAAAAACCAAAAAAAAAAAAAGUCGAUUUUGCAAAUCGCAAAAUGCUCAUGCAUUAUAAAAACAUAAUAAAUGUUAGAAAUAUUUUUUAACUUGUACUAAAUGUGAUAAUUGAUGAAUUGACAAUGAGCAAUCUAACUGUAAUAUAAAUAUUAUUUAUAAAUUAUUACCAUAAUAAUAAUAAUAAUAAUUAUACAUAUAUAAAUAUAUGAGUAUAAAAUAAUAAUAAUUGAUGUCCGUCGUAGAAGUGACAGAUUUUUUUUCCAUAGUACGUGUUAGCUGUACGUGUAUUUAAAUUUAUAAGUGAGCACAGUUAAGUUUUAAGAUAAAAAAAAAAAUAAUAAAGUCAUACACCGUCACAAUUCUGUCCACAAUUCGUCCAAUGACGCGAGGUGACGAAGGUAAAUUUAUAAUCUAAUUAUCAUUCGUCCUUCGUUUUAUAGUUUACACAAAUAAAUGUUUUAUAAUUAAAAAUAAAUAACAAGAAUUUGCAGUUUUUAGAUGAAAGUAAAUGAAAUAAAAAUAAUGAAACUGAUUAAUGACUAAAUAUUUAUAUUAAUUACUACAGUACUUGCUCUUUCAAUUUAAAUAUUGGUACAAAAUGUCAUUUUAAAUCCGAUCCGAUUUCUCUCAUAGUUUUAUGGAUAUUUAAUCGACCAAACAAAUAAUUGACCGAUAAAAUAAAAAACUAAAUACUUGUAAUAAGAGAGAACGAAAAAAUAUACACCUCGCGCCAAUGGUGUGUGUAAAUGAUUAAAUGAAAAUAAAAUAAUUAUUAUUAUAUAAAUUAUAUAUAUACAUGAAUUAUAAAUAUAUAAAUAAAAUAAUGAUGAAAAAAAAAAUUAUAUAUAUUAUAUAUACAUAAUGAAUAUAAAUAUUAAAAUACCGCUACACUAUAUACACAAUAUAACCAGUUGUUGUCUACAAUAUAAUGUUAUUUUUCUAAUUCAUAUUCAAUUGUUAUUGUUGAGGACGAACACAUCGAAUUUUAGACGAGGAAUGUGUAUGUGUAUGUAUUUUUAGUUACUUUCUUUUUUUUUUAAUUAGGAUAAUUGUAAUUAUGCACCGACUUUUAAAUCCAAUAGCAUCACAUAACAAUAAUUAUUAUUAUUAUUUUAUUAUAUAUUUAUAUGAUCCUGAAGUUAGCAGACAAUUAACAAUUUUUGAAUUUCUUUUUUCACCAAAUGAAUGACAAAAAAAAAAAAAAAAAUAUGGACAUGUAGAAAAUUGAAAAUACUAGAAGUGCAAUUAUUUAAAAUACUUUUUUUUUUUUAUAAUUUAUCGUUUUGAAAAAAAUCCAAAAAUUAUCAGACGUCAGCCAACUUCAGUAUCAUUAUAUUUAUUUCAAUUAAAACAAAGUGCUAUAAUUUUUCUACACAGAAAAAAAGACUUUUUUGGCGCAAAAAAUUUUGACUCGCCCCGAGAAAAUUUUUUCCUUUUUUAAAAAAUUUUUUGCAUUAUAAAUUGAAAGCAAAAAUUUUUUGGGAUGAGAAAAAAUUUUCUUGGAGCAACAAAAAUUUUUUUGACACGAGAAGGAAAUUUUUGUCUUCUUCAUAAUGGAAAAUAUCUUUUGCGCCAAGAAAACCUUUUUUUCUGUGUACAAUCACGUCAAUAUUUAUUACCUAAAUUGAUUUUAAUUGAUAUCUAAAAUUUUAACCAGCCAUACUAAAUAAUUAAAACGUUAAUUAAUUAUCAAUAUGCUUAAGAAUUUAUGCAAAUUAUAUUUUAAACUCCUAAUUGCGUUUAAUUCAUUUUCACAACUAUAAGUUCGUUCAUUUUUAAUUCAAUAUUGAUGACUAAAAAUUAACAAAAAAAGUUUUGAAUAGAAAAAAAUUAAUUAUUUAAAUUCAAGUCUAGACUAAAAGUUAAUUUUUAAUUUAUCAAUUUUAAUCAAUAAUUUAUUACAUUAUUUCCAAGUAUUGAUCGCUUACGUUUUUUUACCGAUCGUAUAUCUAAAUUAUUAAAAACAUUGCGACUGCUUAUUGUCAGUUUGUACAGGAAAUUUUUUAUUUGCCCCAAGAAAUUUUUUUCUUUAUAAAUUAAACUCAAAAAUUUUCUUGGAGCCAGAAAAAAUUUUUUGAAGUGAGAAAAAAAUUCUUACGCCAAGAAAUUGUUUCUAGUGCUUAGAAAAUUUUUAUCUUCAAUUCAUAAUUUAAAUAUUUCUGGCGCCAAAAAAAAUUUUUUUUUCUGUGUGGCUACAAAAUUAAUUAUUUAUUUUUUUAGCAAAAUAUCGACGCUAAAAGUUGAUUUUAAAAAAACAAUCGUUUCAAUAAUUAAUUUAAUUAAAAAUUAAAUGAAUCAGUCCCUUAUAAUGAGACAAUUAUCAUAUAAUUACUAAAAAUAAUUAAAGUAAUUAAUUUUUGUUGCCACAAAAAUACUCAAUAAUUUAUUUAAUUAACAGCUGAACAAUUAGUAAUUAAUACGAUUGGUAAAAAAAAUAUCAGCAACCAAAACCUUUCCAUCGAAAGUACUAAAUAAAUUAAAAAAGUAAUAAUUGGCCACAUUAAAAUUAUUUCGAAUCGAUAUAUUGAUUCCAGAUCUCAUUCGUCCUGUCAUUUAUUAUUUUAAGUAAUUUAAUAACCUAUAGCAUAUUUGUAUGAAAAUUAUAAAUAAAUUAUAUAUUUAUCUGUAUAAUAAUAUUAAUUAUUAUAAUUAAAAUAAUUUAUUUAAUUUAAGAAGAAUGUUAAUCACGAGAGGAUAAUUGAAAAGAUGACAUAAACACGCAACUAAAAUAUAAAUAAAUAUAAAAUACUGCUAAAGUAAUAUAUAAAAAAAAAAAAAAAUACUUGCAAGCGUGCAUCCAGGCAAUUUUAAUGAGCAAUACACACCACUGGUUAUCGACAAUGCGGCGAACACGUAUUGUAUUUUUUGUAAGGCCUAUAUUUUGCCAGAUUGUGAUAAUCGAGUUCGCAACAUCGUCAUUAAACCAUCUCCAGUACAGCUCACAAGUUAAAUUUUGCCAUUUUUAUUUUUAAAUUAAUUAAAAUAAUAACUGAUAUUCGGAUUAUUUUAAAUCAAUAAUUAAAAAACAGCCAAAGCUCAUUUUUUUUAUUAUUAAAACAUGUAGUCAAUUCUCAAAGCAUAUGUAAUAUUGUUAUUGCUUUGGGAAUUUUAAGAAAAAAAAAUGUAAAUUCGUAUGGAUAAGUGCAGAUAUCGAUAACUUGAAAAAAAUAAAAUAAAAUAAAGGAGCAGUUUCGGAACAUGACGAUAUAAGUAUAAAAUUAUACUCGAUCAUUUUUAAUAUUAUUAAUAAAUAAAUAAAUAAAUAUUCUAUUAACGCCGAAGAUAAUUUAACUUACAAGUGUAGUAGCAUUAAAUACUACACUGUUAAUUAAUAAAAAAAA